AUGAAAUCGCUUCACACGGUGCUCACGGCUGUGGUUCUCGUCUGCCUCGCCGGUUUUUCCUUCUGCCAAGUGGGCGCAAAGGUGCCACUGACUGCGGCCGAGAUGAAAGACCCCCAAUUCCUCCAGGCCAUCCAAUCCAGUCUGCAGACUCUCAGCGUCAACAGUAACGGCUGCUUCCAGUACAGCCUGCAUAGCAUUAUCCACGCCACGAAAGAAGUGGGUGUCGGAAUACGCUACGAGUGGGUUAUCCUCGUGAAGCCAAAGUUAAUCAGUGUCAAUCCGGCCUGCACUGUGGUGUGUGGGACAAUGUGUGAAACGGAACAGACAGUGACUGGUUGGCACUACUUCCCCCAGACUCCAAACAGCACCGCGGUGCCUGGCACUACCUCGCUCAUGUAAUUGGAGGACUAAAACUCUGUCUCGGCUGACGAAUUUUGCGGUAAAUUUCGAAGUAUACUACUUCUUUGCAACUGCGUGUUUUCAUGGAAGACGGAUGGGCUAAGGAUGGCUUUCCGCAUAUGAUUAGGCCUCGUGUUUAUCUUGUUCAGGUUAGCAAACGUAUGAGAUCCGGGCCGAUAAUCUGAGAAAUCCAAGUGGAUCAAAGGGAUUGUGUGGCUGACGUUUCGGAGGGUUUGGUUGGCUCUCCAUUAUCAAAGCGUGUUGCGCGAAAAAAAAUCGGCUAGAAUUUUAAACGGCCGAAUUAUUUGGCUUUGGGCUGAUCGGUUUUGUUCUUCUUUCGCUGUCCUGGCCUUCCGGUCGUUGUUUUUGAAUGUUGGCGGCCUCCUGCGUUGUGUGUCGUCACCUCAAUGGGGGUCGGCUGUACCUGUGCUCCCCUUUCGGGUGAAUUGAUCAACGGGCCGUGUUUGCUCGGUAUUUUUACGCUGUGUGUGGUCGUCUUGUCUUGGUCAUGACGUAUGCAGUGACGUAGGACUUUCUAGGCCGCGGGAGGGUCUACAUACCUGUUGAUAAAGUCGGCAUCUGAGUAGCAAGCCUCAAGCGCAGAACGCCUCACACUUGAGGCUUGCCACUCAGAUGCCGACUUUAUCAACAGGUAUCUGGACCUCCCCGCGACCCCGGUUUACGACGGGUGUUCCCUGAAAUUCACAAAUGUGGCCAGUUUCUCUAAUAUGGUUUGCAAGCUGUGAGUUUGGGUCUAGUCUCAAAGUUGCCAUUUUAUGCAUGUGUAUGCGGGUCUGCAAUUCCUUUCCGGUUUCCCCAACGUAGUUGCAGUCUCCAUCGUUACAACGUAUUUGAUAGACAACUGCUGAGGUUUCAGUGGGUUGCAUCGAAGGGCGACGAAUUGUUACCUGGGGUCGAUGGGCACUGCCUACCCUGGUGGGUUGUAACAGUGGGGAAAUCGCCUCGGAGACUCCUUUAAUGUGAGGAAUAGCCCUCCAGAAUUGGGGUCGUUCUUCUUGUGGCCGUCGUCUGUUUACUCGACGCCUGCUUUCCCUGAUAAAAUAACUGCAGAAGUUCAAAUCAAUAGUAUACUUGUGGAGACUAAGAAUAACGAGUAGCUGGAAGUCAGCAAUGGGAUCGUCGGAUGUGUAUGAGGUUAAGCUUGACUCUCGUGAUAAGCAGGGCUACAAAUCCAAGGAAGGCGUGUAUCGCGGGGGGAAGGGGAAACGCUGGGACCGUAGAAAAGGCUUUUGAAUGCAGAAAACUGUGAUCUCGAUCUGAGUAAACAUGGCUCACAUGCUACCCUUUUAAUGCCGAUCGAUCACUCAAAGACUUUCCAACUAUCAAAAGCUGAGUCCACGCUCACCAUUUCAGUUGUAGAAUGAGUCGAAGACCAGAAUAGGAUAUUUGUUAUAUACAAAAGUGUCGGCAGCGAGAAAACAUGGCGUAUAUUAAAACAUGCCUGGGAGAAAGAAGCUUUUUUUCCGUUGAUCGUGAGACCGAGGUCUAGGAUCUUGUGUUUAGGCAUGCCUACCUUGAGUUUCUGAUUGCUGUAGCUGUCUUCACACGUGCGUACGUUCAUGUUGACGUCUGUCAUCUGGGGGUCUCCUGAACUGUUAAGUUACCGCGUCCGCAGGUAUUUACGGAAAGGUGCGAACAUUGCCUGACCGAUUGGGCAAGCUUACUUGCGUCUCAGCAUUUAAUCGAGAGGAUUCGUAGAGAUGACGAUUUCCACUUUCAACCAGGUGACCUGGAACAGACCUCAACGGCGUCUUCUGAUUACAUUUCUCAAAUCAGAUGGACAGGAGGUGUCUGUUUGUCCUCACUUACGAUAACGUCAACUUAAAAAAGCGCCUCCAGAUGUAGACCAAGUCUGCGAAUCCUUCUGAGGACUAUUUCCUGGAAAUAAUUCAGUUCCGUCUGCAGGGCCCCCAAGGCGCAUGUUCUCUUUGCUGCGGUGGUUAGACUUCAAAAAAACGCCUUUUUCUGUUUUACGAGUGACAGAACCUUAAAAGUCUGCAUGUUGCGUAGCCACUGAUGACGUUGAGGAUAGCAGACACCGUGCCAGCGAAUCGCUGGCAGUAAGUCCUGACUAGGGCCGGUCUGAAUACGGCCGAUAGCGCGUCCAUGCGAAAGGGUAGAAGAAGAAGAAGAAGAAGAAGAAGAAGAAGAAGAAUAUGAUGAUGAUGAUGGUGGUGGUGGUGAUGAUGGUGGUGGUGGUGGUGGUGGUGAUGAUGAUGAUGAUGAUGAUGAUGAUGAUGAUGAUGAUGAUGAUGAUGAUGAUGAUGAUGAUGAUGAUGAUGAUGAUGAUGAUGAUGAUGAUGAUGAUGAUGAUGAUGAUGAUGAUGAUGAUGAUGAUGAUGAUGAUGAUGAUGAUGAUGAUGAAAAAGAAGUAAGUAGACGCAAAAGUAUAAUGAAAACAGACGGAAACCGAAAGCAUACGAUAAUGAUUAAUUGUAAAAAUGGACUGAGUUACGGCAAGGCAAUGACCCGUCUGGAUGGAGAGGUAACUCUGCUACGCCUGAUAAACAACCGCUGAGGAAUGCUGCGCUGUUGGUAACUGCAGGGAAAGACCGUGGGAGGUGCCGACGUAGUAUGUGUGAGAGCGAGAGAGAGAGCGUCACGAUGACUUUCGGAGAAGGGGUUGGCGGUACAGAGUGAAGGACACAGGAUAUUUUCCCAGAUCCGUGCGGCCAGGGUCCACUACAUUCAAGCAACUCUAUACAGUUCGUGGGGCGUUACAACUGCCCCGGUCGUAUUCACAACUUUUCGCUUCAAUAGACUGCCAACAGUGAAUGUCGUGAAGCGGGGGCGGGAUUAGACUUGACUGCUCGACACAUGGGACCUCGGGACAGUAUUCCAUGCAGUCUCGAGCGCCCCUUGACGACCGAUAGGCGGUACGUACCUAAUAUCUUCCUCCGUAGCCUCUGGCAACGUGUCCGACCUCUGCACCAUGGGGUUUGAUGUCAAUUGGACUUCUCAGUAUCCACCUGGGUUCCCGGCGGCAACAGUUUUCGCUCGACGUGUCAUUGGACCCUGCAGACUUGGAUUGGGUGGGUGGUUUACCCAAUCUCCGCCCUCCGCAGCCUGCCGCAACUGCCGCUGUUGGUCCGCGACUGUCCAUUCGCUAG